AUUUUUUCUGGUUCUUAUUCCACGAUUUUAUCAACAACUCUUCAAAACUCAAUUGCUUUAGCUAACAAAAUUUUUUCUCUUAACAAAUAAGUAGCAGGAAACAGGGGAUCGUGGAAAUUGAAGUUAGGAGUCGGACUUGCCGCUUUGUCUGCUGGAUUACUAGUUUUGGUGGUUUGCGUGAUGAGAAAGUGCUCAUCCAACAAGCACAUUUUCUUCUGGAGGAAACCAAAUUUAGCACAGCAGAACGUUGAGGCCUUCUUGAAAGUCCAUGGACCCCUUUCCACAAGAAGAUAUAGUUAUUUAGAUGUCAAGAAAAUGACCAACUCCUUCACCAACAAAAUAGGCCAAGGGGGCUAUGGUUCUGUAUACAAAGGAAAGUUGCAAAAUGGUUGUCCUUUGGCAGUUAAGGUCUUAAACCAAUCAAAAGGCAAUGGAGAAGAGUUCAUCAAUGAGGUUGCAACCAUUAGUAGGACCUCCCAUGUAAAUAUUGUAGCUUUAUUGGGUUUCUGUGUUGAGGGUUCAAAACGAGCUCUGAUUUAUGAGUUCAUGUGUAAUGGAUCUCUAGAGAAGUUCAUUUUUAAAGAAAAUCACUACCAAAAGGAAAAUCAUCAGUUGGAGUGGGGAACAUUGUACCUAAUUUCACUUGGCAUUGCUCGAGGGCUAGAGUACCUACAUCGUGGUUACAACACACGAAUCCUACACUUUGAUAUCAAGCCUCAUAACAUUCUUCUUGACAAAGACUUCUCACCUAAAAUCUCAGAUUUUGGCCUUGCUAAAGUGUGCACUAGAGAAGAGAGUAUCAUAUCAAUGUUAGAAGCCAGAGGAACUAUUGGAUACAUUGCUCCAGAAGUAUUUUGUAGAAGCUUUGGAGGGGUUUCGUAUAAGUCUGAUGUCUACAGCUACGGAAUGAUGGUUUUAGAAAUGGUUGGAGGGAGAAAAAAUGUAAACGUUGGAGCUGAUCAUACAAGUGAGAUAUAUUUUCCACAUUGGAUUUACAAACGCCUUGAGCUAGAUGAUGAACUUGGAUUGAAAGGAAUUAGGAACCUAGAAGACAAUGCAAAAGUGAGGAAGAUGGUAACAACGGGGUUAUGGUGUAUACAGACGGACCCUUCAAAUAGGCCAACAAUGAGUAAAGUGAUAGAAAUGUUGGAAGGGAGUGUUGAGUCUUUACAAGUACCACCCAAGCCAUUCUUGUCUUCUCCUUCAAGAUCGCCAACAGAUUUUUCUACCUCAUUAGUACAUGCAUGGGGCCAUGGAUCUAAUGUUGCAAAUACAUAAACUUACUUUCUAAUGAGCCAUGUUAAUCUGUAAAUAUUUGUCCCUAAAUUUCUCAUUCCUUUCUAAUGAGACAUGUUAAUGUAUAAACAUUUGUUCUUACA